AUGGAGCAGUCGAAUCAGAGUUCAGUGGCUGAGUUCAUCUUGCUGGGUCUCGCAGAUGGAGUGGUUGCAGAAGCUUCACUUUUUGUCCUCUUCUUGAUCAUGUACCUGGUGACGUUGUUAGGGAACUGCAUGAUGGUAAUGCUGAUUGGAACUGAGACUCGCCUACAUACUCCCAUGUACUUUUUCCUGCUCCACCUGUCCCUUCUGGACAUGUGCUACUCCUCAGCCACUGUCCCACAGAUGUUGGCACAUCUACUCUCUAAGAGGAAAGCCAUCCCCUUUGCCCGAUGUGCAUUUCAGAUGUACAUUUUCGCGGUCUUUGGUAUGGCUGAAUGUGUGAUAUUGGCUAUCAUGGCCUAUGACCGAUACGUGGCUAUUUGCCAUCCCUUGCAAUACACUAACAUCAUGAGCUGGUGUUUCUGCCACUGGGCAGCAGGAGCUGCCUGGGCCAGUGGUUUUCUCAACUCUCUGGUUGUCAAUUAUUUUGCCUUACACUUACCCUACCAGGGUCCCAAUCGCAUCAAUCAGUUCUUCUGUGAGGUACCGGCAGUCAUCAAGUUGGCAUCUGCUGAUUACACAGAGGCAGAGGUGGUUUUGUUUGUCUUUGGCUCCCUUCUGCUACUUCUGCCCUUCAUCCUUAUUGCUGCUUCCUACACCCGCAUUGUAAUUGCCAUCCUACGCAUUCGCUCAGCUGAAGGCCAACGCCGGGCUGCCUCUACCUGUGUCUCGCAUCUCCUGGUGGUGAGCCUUUUCUAUGGCGCAGCUCUCUUUGCCUACAUGCGACCAGGCUCUGUCACCUCUGCCACAGGCCAGGAUAAGGCUGUGUCUGUCUUCUACACUGUAGUAACACCCAUGAUGAAUCCACUGAUCUAUAGCCUUAGGAAUAAAGAGGUGAAGGACACUUUAAGAAAAUUACUGAAUGGGAUAAUAUUGUUUCUGGGGACAUGA